AUGGAGAACACCUCUGCCGCCCACGACUACGGGCACUAUGAGGAGAUUCCGGACUUCCCCGUGGACUGCGCCGACGGCACCUGUGCCGCCCUCGGGCCCGUCCGUGUGGCGCCCCUCCUGCUGUACGCUGCGGUCUUCCUGGUCGGCGUGCCGGGCAACGCCAUGGUGGCCUGGGUGAGCAGGAGAGAGGCCCGCCGCAGGGCGGGAGCCGCCUGGUUCCUCCACCUGGCCGUGGCUGACCUGCUCUGCUGUGUGUCCCUCCCGGUCCUGUCGGUGCCCCUGGCCCGCGGGGGCGAAUGGCCAUACGGGGCGGUGGGCUGCCGGGCCCUGCCGUCGGUCAUCCUGCUGUCCAUGUACGCGGGCGUCCUGCUCCUGGCCGCUCUCAGCGCGGACCUCUGCCUGCUGGCCCUCAGGCCCGCCUGCUGGGCUGUGGACCGGAGGGCCUGCCGGGUGCGGGUGGCCUGCGGGGCGGCCUGGGCCUUGGCCUUGCUGCUGACUGUGCCCUCGGCCUUCUACCGCCGCCUGCACCAGGAGCACUACCCCCAUCGGCUGGAGUGCGUGGUGGACUACGGCGGCUCGGCCGUGGCUGAGAACACAGUGACCGCCACUCGGUUUAUGUUUGGCUUCCUGGGGCCGCUGGCGGUCGUGGCCACCUGCCACAGUGCCCUCCUGUGCCUUGCGACCCGACGCCGCUGGCCACUGGGCACAGCGGUUGUGGUGGGCUUUUUUGUCUGCUGGGCCCCCUACCACAUCCUGGGGCUGGUGCUCACCGUGGCUGCCCCACACUCCAAGCUCCUGGCCCGGGCCCUGAAGGCUGAGCCCCUGAUUGUGGGCCUUGCCCUUGCUCACAGCUGCCUCAAUCCUGUGCUCUUUCUGUAUUUCGGACGGGCUCAGCUUUGCCAGUCACUGCCAGCCACAUGUCGCUGGGCCCUGCAGGAGUCACAGAGCAAGGAUGUAAGCAUGGUCAGCAAGAAAUCCACCAGCCACGACCUGGUCUCGGAGAUGGAGGUGUAG